ACGAAUAGCCCCGCCUCUCAAACGGAAACCCUUGUUUUUGUCUCUCUUCCUUCACUUACAUUUCUGCUGAUUGUAUCACAAUCGAACUCCAGAAAAGCUAAAGAGAGAAGCAGCAAUGGCGGGGUUCGUACCAGCUGGUACAACUACGAUCCAUAACGAUGAGAAGAGCAAAACAGAUGAGAAAGUGGAUUACACCAACCUUCCUUGCCCUAUACCGUAUGAAGAACUCCAUCGCGAGGCUCUCAUGUCUUUGAAGCCAGAACUGUUUGAGGGGUUGCGCUUUGAUUUUACCAAGGGACUGAAUCCAAAAUUCUCUCUGAGUCAUAGUGUGCUUAUGGGACCAACAGAAAUUCCUUCCCAGUCUUCUGAGACUAUUAAAAUCCCUACUGCUCACUAUGAGUUUGGUGCUAACUUUAUAGACCCGAAGCUGAUGCUUAUCGGGAGGGUCUUGACGGAUGGUAGACUAAAUGCAAGGGUGAAGUGGGAUUUGACUGAUACUCUUACGUUGAAGGCUAAUGCUCAGCUUACCAAUGAGCCUCAUAUGUCACAUGGGAUGGUUAACUUUGAUUACAAGGGCAAAGACUAUCGAAGCCAGUUACAGCUGGGGAACGGUGCCUUAUUGGGAGCCAGUUAUAUACAGAGUGUGACUUCAUACUUGUCUCUGGGUGGUGAGAUAUUUUGGGCUGGUCAGCACCGAAAGUCCGGAAUUGGUUAUGGUGCUCGAUAUGAAACGGAUAAGAUGGUUGGAACAGCACAAGUUGCUAGCACAGGAAUGGUUGCUCUUAGCUAUGUUCAGAAGGUAUCUGAGAAGGUUUCUCUAGCAUCUGAUUUCAUGUACAACUAUAUGUCAAGAGAUGUCACAGCUAGUGUUGGUUAUGAUUACAUCCUAAGGCAGUGUCGUCUUAGGGGAAAGAUUGAUUCUAAUGGUUGCACUGCUGCUUUUCUUGAAGAACGACUAAAUAUGGGUCUUAAUUUUGUUCUUUCUGCCGAGCUAGAUCAUAAGAAAAAGGAUUACAAGUUUGGGUUUGGGUUGACGGUGGGGUAAUAGAUUUGAAGGCUGGUUAAUGAAAUUUGACAUAAGAGGUUCAUCAUCAGCAACUAGACUGAGGGAGUUGUGAGCCAUCUUUGCUUUUGUUUGAAGAGGAAAAAGAAUUUGUUUAGUACUGUCUUUCUAAUAACAAUUGAGCAAUUUUAGCAGAGCUGCUAUACUCAUUGUUUUGGCAGUUGAUACUGUCAAUUUGGGAUAUGACUUUAGAGUUGUAGUAUUUAAAUCAAUGGAAUUGGAGAUAUUUGGUUUUGA